CCGGAAGUUCUCGGCCGUCUUGGGGACCACGUCGGCGCGGAGCUCCAUGCCGAUCCUGCCUACGGGCUGGUUGUCAGCGGUACGGUCGAAAAAGACUUUGGGAUUGCCCAUGGUGGUUCAGUUGGCAGGAUCGUCAUGGAGCUCCGCGCCGACGUGGUCCCCAAGACGGCCGAGAACUUCCGGUCGCUGUGCACGGGCGAGAAGGGCUUCGGCUACAAGGGCUCGUGCUUCCACCGCGUGAUCCCCAACUUCAUGUGUCAGGGAGGCGACUUCACCGCCGGCAACGGCACGGGCGGCAAGUCCAUCUACGGCAACACAUUCGAGGACGAGAACUUCGCUCUGAAGCACACCGGCCCCGGCAUCCUGUCCAUGGCCAACGCCGGCCCCAACACCAACGGGUCGCAGUUCUUCAUCUGCACCGUCAAAACCCCCUGGCUAGACAACAAGGACGUGGUCUUCGGCUCCGUGGUGGAGGCCAUGGACAUCGUGCGCCAGGUCGAGGGCUUCGGCACGCCCAACGGCUCGUGCAAGCGAAAAGUGAUGAUCGCCAACUGCGGCCAGCUGUAAAGUCUCAGAACAUUCCGCCUUAACCGCCCACACAUUUUUUUUCUGAUAUAAUUGAGGAUCCAGGAUAUAAUCUUUGCUGUAUUGGCAAUUCAGUGUUAAAUUUCGGCUUCGAAAAAAUGAAUGCUAUAUAACGUAAAGGUGGUGAAACAGGAUAGGUGUUCUUCCAUUUUUUUUUGUUUUAUUAGUUUCAUAAGUGGUUAUGCUUUGUAAAUGUUGACGCAUUAUGCUGAUAUUCAGCAUUUCGUCUUCUCACUUCAUCAAUAAAUCACCAACAACCUUUCUUUUUUCUCAACCUUUAAAGUCUUUGAGAUAAACUGUAAUAAAAGACCAUAAACAGGAACAGGUUCAUUAGAAGUCAAAUUCAGUAAGAAGCAACCGCGCAAAUUGACUAAUAUAGUGAAAUUUGAUAGCCCUUGUACUUGGCAGUUAGAUUCAGUAAACGUAAAGGUGGUGAAACAGGAUAGGUGUUCUUCCAUUUUUGUUUUGUUUUAUUAGUUUCAUAAGUGGUAAUGUUCUGGAAAUGGUGACGCAUUAGGCUGAUAUUCAGCAUAUCUGAUGUAAUUGAGGUAGCCCCUUGCACCUGCUGCUGAGCUGUUUCCUCCCAGUGGCGAUU